UCGGCCAGGACUGAUCCUUCAGGAGUUCGGAUCAUACGGUAUAGCGUAGUACAACCUCUCGAAUCUUUAUUUAAAUUGUCGAUUUGCCGUAUUUACAAACUUUCAAUCUGCAUUUGACACAUCUAACGUGCGGUCGGAUACGAUUCUAACAUAACUCUGUCUCAUUGAUCAAUUGUCUUCUAGGACAAGUUUUAGUUGUUGAGAUUAGAAUUUCAACAAUUCGAGUUAUAGGCAGAAUCAAAUAUUUUGAGCUUCAAAGGUGGAGCCUGAUAUCAAAAUGCCGGCCAAACAGAAGCAACCGGUGUACGUCCUCGGCGUGGGCAUGACUAAGUUCAUCAAGCCCCGAGGCAAGGUCGACUACACAGAACUCGGUUUCGAAGCCGGCGUGAAGGCUAUGCUUGAUGCGCAAAUCAAUUACGAUGAUGUCGAGCAAGGCAUCGCCUGUUAUUGCUACGGCGACUCUACUUGCGGCCAGCGGGUCUUCUACCAAUUCGGCAUGACCCAGAUUCCCAUCAUCAACGUCAACAAUAACUGCUCUACGGGAUCAACCGGCUUGUCUAUGGCCCGGAACACAAUCUCCUACGGCGGCGCUGACUGCAUACUCGUCGUCGGCUUCGAGAAGAUGAUGCGCGGCAGUUUACAGGCGUUCUUCAACGACAGGGAGAACCCUAUCGGCCUCUCCGGGAAGAUUAUGGGGGAGACCCGGGGUUACACAAAGGCCCCCGGCGCUGCUCAGAUGUUUGGCAACGCUGGGAGGGAGUAUAUGGAGAAAUACGGAGCCAAGCUAGAGGACUUUGCGGAGAUCGCCAGGGUCAACCACGAGCACUCCGUCAACAACCCGUACUCCCAAUUCCAGGACGUCUACACCCUGGACCAAGUCAUGCAAGCGCCCAUGAUCCACGAGCCGCUCACCAAACUGCAAUGCUGCCCCACCUCCGACGGCGGUGCCGCAGCCGUCUUAGUCUCGCAAGACUUCCUAGACGCGCGCCCGCACCUCAAAGACCAAGCCAUCCUAAUCGCAGGCCAAUGCAUGGCAACCGACUCCCCCACGCUCUUCUCCCGCGGCGCAAUCGACCUCAUCGGGUACGACAUGAGCAAACGCGCCGCGGAAACCGCGCUCGCCGAAGCGGGCAUCACCCCCGCCGACGUCCAAGUCGUGGAAUUACACGACUGCUUCUCAGCAAACGAGCUCGUGACCCUCGACGCCAUGGGCCUGUGUCCCCCGGGAAAAGCCCACGAAAUGGUCAGAAACCGCGAUAUCACGUACGGCGGGAAAUACGUCGUCAACCCGUCCGGCGGCCUGAUAUCGAAGGGCCACCCCCUGGGCGCCACCGGAAUCGCCCAGUGCGCAGAACUCGUCUGGCAUCUCCGCGGCUGGGCGAAUAAUCGCGCGGUCCCGCAUACCCGCUUCGCGCUGCAGCAUAACCUGGGUCUAGGCGGGGCCGCGGUUGUGACGGUGUACGCGCGCCCGGAUAAGGGGGAGGUGAAGGUUGUGGAGUCGAAGGAUGUGGGGGCGAGGAAUGGGCUCGGGUAUAAUCCGGCGGUUGAGGCGAAGGGGUUUACGGUUGAGCAGGCGAGGAGGGUUUGUAGUCGUGAGAGGUCGAGUGAGUGGGCGCUGCAGGAUACGGGGAGGAAGGUUUUGGCGAGGUUUUGAGGAGUGGUGGAUUAGGGGAGGAGGAAAAUAAUGACUUGUUUUGAGUAGGUAAUUUGGUAGGUAGGUAUGCUUUGGAUAGGUAUCUACCUGCCUACUAUAGGUACUUAGGUAGGUACCUAGUACCUAACCCUAGCCCGGGAAUUUUUUCGGUCAAACGAUCUAAGCGUACAUUUCCCAAUUUAAAGUUGUAGCUGAAGAUUAUGGAAUGAGCUGGAUUUCUUGAAGCGAUAUCAAGUUCAAAUCUCUAAAAUGAAGGAGGAUUAAGUUGGGUGUGGGUAAU